GCAGCACCUCACCAGAAGCCACCCCCGCAGCAAGCCAGCGAGCGCCAAGGCGUCGGGAAAAUGGCAGACAAUUUUUCACUUAAUGAUGCUUUAUCUGGGUCUGGAAACCCAAACCCUCAAGGAUGGCCUGGUCAAUGGGGAAACCAGCCUGCUGGAGCAGGGGGCUACCCAGGAGCCUUCUAUCCUGGUGCCUACCCUGGACAGGCCCCUCCUGGCAGUUAUCCUGGACAGGCCCCUCCUGGUGGCUACCCUGGACAGGCCCCUCCUGGCAGCUAUCCUGGACAGGCACCUCCAGGACCCUAACCUGGCCCAAUAGCUCCUGCUUAUCCUGGACCACCUGCACCAGGAGCCCACCCUGGGCAACCGAGUGGGCCUGGGGCCUACCCGCCUCCUGGACAGCCAAGUGCUCCUGGAGCCCAGCCCACCGCUGGCGCCUUUGGCAUCCCUGCUGGACCACUGACUGUACCUUAUGACCUGCCCUUGCCUGGAGGAGUCAUGCCUCACAUGCUGAUAACAAUUCUGGGCACAACGAAGCCCAAUGCAAACAGAUUUGCUUUAGAUUUCAAGAGAGGGAAUGAUGUUGCUUUCCACUUUAACCCACGCUUCAAUGAGGACAACAAGAGAGUUAUUGUUUGCAAUACAAAGCUGGAUAACCUCUGGGGAAAGGAAGAAAGACAGGCGACUUUCCCAUUCGAAAGUGGUAAACCAUUCAAAGUACAAGGGCUGGUUGAAUCUGACCACUUCAAGGUUGCGGUCAAUGAUGCUCACUUGUUGCAGUACAAUCAUCGGAUGAAAAAUCUCCAGGAAAUCAGCAAACUGGGAAUUUCUGGUGACAUAGAUCUCACCAGUGCUUCACAUGUUAUGAUAUAAUCUUAAAGGGGAAGAUUAAAAAAAAAUGAAAUUGAAUAUAAACCCUUACACAUUGAAACUUCA